AUGACAGACGGUACUGAUGUAAUUUAUACAAAAUUAAUAACAAAUAACAAAAUAUCAAAACCUUUUCCAAAGGUACCUUUUAUAUUUUGGAUUACGACAUCAUCAAAAAAUGGAUUGAUUUUUACUACUAAUGGAACUUCAACUAUUACUACAUUUUUAUCUUCAGAUAUACACAAUAAAGUUUCAAAUAUUAAACAAAAAAAUACAACUAUAUUUAAUUUUGAUUGUAAUAUUUUACGUAUUAACUGUAAUUGUUCUGGUGAAUAUCUUGCAAUUCUUUCAAAAAAAUCAAAUGAAUAUUUUAUACAUAUAUAUGACACAAAAACAUUUAGUUUUGAAUUCAGUGAUACUCCUUAUCCUUUAUAUGUAGAUUAUGCUGGUGAAAAUGAGAUAUUAGAUUUCCAAUGGAAUCCUACAAUUGAAGAAAUGUUUGCAUAUACAACCGGUGGAAAUAGAAUAUAUUGUUUGGAAUUUAAUCCUGCUGGUACAUGUUUCUUACAUAAAAGAAUUGAUGAAUUAAAAUCUAAAGGAAAUUGUAUUUCAUGGAGUCCAAAAGGAAAACAACUUGUUGUUGGGUGUAUGGAUGGCUCGAUGCUCCAAUAUAAACCUGAUUUAACACUUGUUAGAAGAGAACCUUGUCCAGUUAUAGAUGGUGAAAAUGAAUUAAUAUGUAUUGGAAUAUGUUGGCUUGGUACAACUGAUUUUGUAUUUGCAUUCGAAAGAAAAAAAAGUCAAAGUUUUAGUAUAUCAUUACUUAUUUUAAAAAAAAAUCAACCUGCACAAUGGACUCACUUAGGAAAUAUUUGUAAAUGUGUAGAAAAAAUUAUUGAUCCUGUAAGAUUUUAUUUUGAAAAUAUUGUUGAAUGGGGUUUGGUUCUUGUGGCAUCUAAUAAUGGUUUGGGUGUUGCAUUCUUGGAAAAGAAUGGUGAUACUUAUAGACAUAUUGAAUUACCAGAAGAUAAAGAUAUAUUACUUGAGCUUGGUGAAACUUAUGAAAUGCCCUUUUUAUGUGGAUUUGUAAUUGAUAAAUCGGCUGUUGAUAAAUAUAAGGAAGUAAUUGAUGAUGUUACAAUUGAAUAUAAACCUUCACCAGUUAUAGUACUUCUUAAUUCUAAUGGUAUUUUACAAUCUUAUUGGUUAGUAACAAAAAGUGAUAAUUACAAAAGUAUUAAUGUUGCUAGAGAAACUAUUAUUCCAUAUAAAAUAAGAAAUGGUAAUCCACAAAAUGAAAAUAUUAAAAGUAUGAUACCAAAAACUCCAAGCAAUGGAGGUAUUCAAGGAAAUAGCUUACCUUUAACAUCUAAUGAUUCUAAAAUAACUAAAAAAGAACCAAUUACUUUUUCUCCAGUUUCUACAUCUUCUGAAACCCCAAAAAUUUCAAUUAAAAAAGAAUUGAAUUUAUUAAAUACUUCAAGUAAAAAUGAUAUUGACAUUAAAAUUGAAGCUAUGGAAAAAGAAAAAGAAAUUAAACAACAAUUAUUAAAUAAAGAAAAGGAAGUUAUAAAAAAAGUGGGAGAGGAAGUAAAUUUAAUUACUGAACUUGAAAAAGAGAAAGCACAAAAAGAGAAGGAAGAAGAAUUGGUAAAGUUAAGGAAAAUUUGUGGAGAAUUAAUUACUGAAUACUAUUCUAGAAAAAAUACGAAUAUAGUUCAAAUACAGGCUCAAGAAAAUGCGAUCAACAGAGUUUGUCAACAAAUAGCAAUAACAAAUGACGAAAGUGUAAAAGAACUAUUAAAAACUCUUAAGGUUAUGACCAUUAGUCAAAACAAAGUAUCACAUUGGGCUCAGAUUGUAUCUGAAGAUAUUGAAACUUUAAAUGAAACAUUGGUAACUUUAAAAAAUAAAAUUUCAUAUAUGAAAAAAAAUAAAGCAUCAGUUGCUGAAACAUAUUUCUUUGACACAAAAUCAAGUUUUGAUGAAUCUGAAAAUAAAUUACAAAAAGUUAAGGAAAAUUUUACAAAAUUAACAAAAGCUGUUGAAUUGUUAAAUAAAAAAAUUGAAAGUAAAGGAUUAAUGAAUAAUAUUGCAAAAUUAGAUAGCGCUGUUGUUAUUGGUCCUGAAGAUCAAGAAUAUAUACAAAACGUUUCAAGAAAUAUCGUUCGUGCAACAUAUGUAGCUUUUAGAAAGCUUAAAUUACUUAGUGAUAAAUAUGCAGAAUUAAAAAAGUUAAAAGAAAAGAAAGAUCAUGAUGAUUUAGAUCGUUCAUUUUUAAAUCAAUCUACAACAUUAGAAAGUUCAUUUAUUUUAGAUAAAACAUUUAUUGGUGAAACUCAAAAUUUAUUUACUGUCAAUAGAAACAAGUCUAAGGAAUUUCAAAAUUAUUUAAAAAAGAAAUGUUCUAAACCUGUUGGAAAGAAAUUUGUACAAACAUUACCAUUUUUACAAAAUAUUACUGCUAAGAAAGAUGAAGAAGAAAACACUUUAGAAAAUACUGUAUCUAAUGUUAAAGAUAUGUUAGAAAAGUGUUUGAUUGUCUCAAGAUCAGUUAAUAAUUCAUUUUCAGAAAGUCAACCUGUUGAUUUAUAUUUGACAAAAGAAGACAUUACAAAAAUAAGACAAAAUACGUUAGAUGAGGCAAAACAAUAUGCUGCUGAUUUUAAAACAACUUUAGAAAUGACAAGAAAACUUAUGGUUGCUGAGAUGAAAAAAAUUGAUUUUAAUCCACAAAAGGAGGAAGAAAAAGAACAGGUGAAAGGAAAUAGAGUUGAAGCCGUAGCUACCAUUGCUACAAAAUCAAUUGAUAAAAAUGUAUUACCAGUUGAUUUAACAAACAAAGAAAAUGUGGUUUCUAAACCAGAAGAGGUUGAAAAUAAAAACGAAACAAUUGUUAAAGUUCCUUCUCAGGAAGAUAAAUCUAAUGUUUCUAAAGGGGAAAAUUCAGAUGUUUUUGUUAAAACAGAAGACUCAUCAAAACCAACAAAUAGUUCACCAUUAACUAUGAAAAAUAAUGAAAAAACUUCAUUAACUCAAACAGUUACCAUUGAGUCUCCAAAAAAUUUAGUGGCUGAAAAAGAGAGUCAAGAAAAUAAUUCACCACAAUUAUCACUUUUUGGUGGCAGAACACCUUCAAGUGAUUCUUCAAAAUCAAUAUUUGGUAAUGAAGCACAGGUAAAUUCAGAAACCCUUAAAACAACACCUUUCAGAGAGAACAUCGAAAACAAAGAAAAACCUAAAUCUUCAUUAUUUUUUGAGGAUACAUCAAAAACAAAAGACAGCGACAAUGCACAAACUCCUAUUUUUGGUGAUACAACAAAAACUCCACCUCAACAGGGAUCAUUUUUUGGAGGCAGUAGCAUAACAAAUACUCCAGUCAAACCAUCUGUAUUUGGUGGUUCUUCUGUUACACAAAAACAGAACAUUUUUGGUCAAUCUGCAUUUGGUGGAUCACAAUCUUCUGGAGGAUCUGUAUUUGGUGGGUCACAACAGACUGGGCAAUCAGCUUUUGGAGGAUCACAAAGCAAAUCUGUCUUUGGGGGAUCUGCAUUUGGUGGAUCAUUUAAUAAUCAAGCCACAAAACCUCCACAAUCAGAUGAAGGUAUGGAUGAUGGAAAUAAUAUUUCAACAGGUUUCUUUAGCAGUAUGAGUGGUUUAGGGUCACAGGCAACUGAAAAAAAAAAUGUUUUUGCUCAGUCAGCUUUUGGUGCAUCAACUAACACUUCUAGAGAUAAUUCUUCUUUCUCAUUUGCUAGACCUGCACAAACAAAUACCUUUCAACAAUCAUCUAAUGCACCUAAACCUGGAUUUUUCUCAAAUACUGGAUCAUCUUUUGGUGGAUCAAAUGCAGCAUUUGCUAAACCUGCAUUUGGUGAAACAACUGGAAGUUCAUUUGGUGCUCCUUCAUCAAAUACUUCUACAUUUGGUAAAUCUGCAUUUGGACAGUCAUCUUUUGGUCAAAGUUCUUUUUCUUCAUUUGCCAAUAAAGCGGGAACAGGUUUUAGUAACUUAUCUGGUAACUCACAGCAAUCAUCUUUUGGUGCUAAUUCAUCUUUAAAUAAAAGUCCAGCUUUUACACAAUGGAGAUAA